AUGAAGCUGCAAUUACUGACAGCGAGUCUGCUGCUGCUGCAGGCCUCCAACUCUAAUAUCAACGUCAACGCCAACGCUGUUGGUAUCAACCCACAACGCGACAUCCCAGCUUCCCGCAACACCGAUAGCCACGCCCAAUCUAACACGAGGCUCUUCCCUUAUCUUACUAAACUUCGCGACAAAGCUAUCGAGUCCAUAUUUGGCUGCAAGCCCACCCAAGACGCAACCCCGCCACCCGUUCACAACCAGUUACGCGCGCAAUACGUCAAACAGCUCGUCCUUCGUUUCAAUGUCACCACUUCCCACGAGGAAGGCGCUCUCGCCGAUGCCGCUGCACGUCUAUUCCUCGAUGUUUGGGCUUUCACCGACGACUACGUAGAUAUCCGACUACAUGCUGACGAGGUCCGGCCUUUGCUCAGCCUGCUGCCCAAGUCGCUGCAUACAUCGCACUCGAUUUUGAUCCCGGACUUGGCUACAGCUGUCUAUAAUUCACUUCCCACCGGCGGAAACCCAGCCUAUACUGACCCGAAAACAUUUGCUCCGGUGGUCAAAAUCGCCUCCUCGCCUGUAGACAACCUCUUUUUCCAGGACUACCAAUCUCUACCAGUAAUCAUGCGCUGGAUGCGACUGCUCGAGGCCAUGUUUCCAUCCUACGUCAAAUACAUCAACGUUGGAAAGUCAUACGAAGGCCGCGAUAUACCUGCCUUGCGUGUGGGGAUUUCUCAUAAUGUACCGAAUGCGCCUCGACGAAAGACCAUCAUGAUCAUGGGCGGCUCCCACGCCCGAGAGUGGAUAUCUACUAGCACCGUCAACUACCUGGCAUGGUCUUUUAUCACUAGCUAUGGCAAGGAACGGAUGAUUACAAAGUUGCUGGACGAUUUCGACCUGAUUUUCCUCCCAGUUGCCAACCCUGAUGGUUUCGAGUACACCUGGCAUGUUGAUCGACUGUGGCGCAAGACUCGGCAGCAGACCAACCUUCAGUUCUGCCGCGGGCUAGAUCUUGACCGUGCUUACGGAUAUGAAUGGGACGGCUCGCGGGUUCAGCGAGACCCGUGCUCUGAGAGUUACGGGGGAGAGAAGCCUUUCCAGGCUGUCGAGGCGGUUCAGAUUGCCGACUGGGCGCGUAAUCAGACCUGGAACAACAACGUCCGAUUUGUUGGUUUGGUUGAUCUUCAUUCGUAUUCCCAGCAAAUUCUCUAUCCUUUUUCCUUCACCUGCUCCGUUGAUCCACCCAACUUGGAGAACUUGGAAGAGCUCGCUGCAGGAAUUGCAAAAUCGAUACGGUUAUCGAACGGAGAGAGCUAUACGGUAGCAUCAGCAUGUGAGGGUGCUGUAUCCGCACGCGAAUUCAGUGGUGGUAGAUACUGGUCUCGAAUAGAAUCUGGCGGCGGAUCGGCAGUUGAUUGGUUCUAUCAUGAGAUGCGAGCUCACUACAGCUACCAGAUCAAGCUUCGAGAUACCGGCAGCUACGGAUUCUUGCUCCCCAAAGAGCACAUUGUCCCAACUGGCGAGGAGAUCUUCAACGCGAUGAAGUAUUACGGUGACUACCUCUUGGGCAACAAUGGGAUUGAAUGGUUUCCCGAGGCUGAAAAGGACGAUGAUUUCAAGACAAACCAACAAAAACAUAUUCAAACUGAUGAGGAAGACUCAUCAAUAAGCCAAGAGCUAAGAAGGAGGAGAAUGAGAAAAUGA